UUUAGAAAAGGUAGACGAGGAAUAUCCUUAUCCGGAGUCCACUACCGUGCCAACUACAACAACCACAACAACUGCUCGACCUCCCGGAGUAGAGCCCUGCAUGUCUUGUCCACAGCUUUCUGUGAUUCCGGUGACAACAGGCUAUAGAAACGGCUUCACCACACUUCUAAGUUCUACUAAUGGCCGAUGCAAAACGAUUGAACUAUCGUGCGAAGGAAGCAAUCCUGACGACGAUCUCGCGCUGGUGAUCAGUGGUACGGUAUUCGAACAGGGUAUUGGGGCGUUGAAAACGAAUCUCACUUGUAAUGAUAUGAUGACGUGGACCACAGCCAAUGGCUACGCCGUGCCUCUAGUGUCUUGCGCUAUCAAAAUUGCACUUUGCAACGAAUGCGCCAAUCUGCAACCAGUUCCAGUUAGCCAGUCGGAUUCAGCAGGCCAAGAGUAUGCCAACGGCCAACUAAUUUUGGAUCACUAUACAGAUUUCAGCAGAUGUCGAGUGGUCGUUAUAAAAUGCUCAGCUGAUUCCAACUACGAGAAUGCGACGAUACUUUUCAAUGGCAAUAUAGUGGUUGCUUCGGCUCCGUCGCGAAUUACGACAUCGUUGACGUGCGAUCGGGGAGGGAAUUGGACGAGGCUUCAGGAUGCAAUCACAACAACAUCGUGUAGAGUGACAAGGAAAUCCAGUACUGCUACCGAACCGCCGUUUACAACUACAACUAUAGCUUCCACAACCACUACUGAAAUGGGAUCUGCACCGUGCUCGAACUGCAAUCGUAUGUUAGUGACGAGCGUACCACCAGGAUACACUAAUGGUUUCCUUACAAUGAACACCUUUUAUACAGAUGCCUGCAUCAAUGUGGACCUCUCUUGCUCAGCACCAGAUGUAACGCUUGUCUCCGAAGUGGCUCUGAUUAGCUCAAGUGGCCAGGAACUGAUACGAGUGGAAUCGAGGGCGAAUAUCAGCCUUUCGUGCAACGAUCAAGCCACUUGGGUCUCUCCAUCCAAUGUCACCGUUGACAAUUUGAGCUGUGCCGUUGCUACAGCAUUCACCGGUUCGGUGCCAUGUGGUGCCUUACCAAAGUGUGAUCUGGUUGAAGAAGGAUCCAGGAUUGGCUACCCUGUUGGUGAACCGGAUAUCCCAUCUAUACCAUGUCACUUAGUCACUUGA